GCACUCGGUAACGGCAUAAACACAGAUCCCCCCCUCCAUCCACCACAGCGCCCCCAGGUCCCGCACGCCCCGGUCCCGGGGCUCCCCAGGGCGGGCAGAGGAAGGGGAAGCGCCGGCGUCGGGCCGCGGUGGGCGGAACGGGGCGGGCCUGUGGCGGCGCUGGGGCCGCGGCCAUGCUGGGGGCGCUGGCCGCUGCCUGGGCCCUGCUGGCCGCCGCCUUCCUGGCGGCUCUCCUGCUGCUGCUAUGGAGAACCGGGCAGCCCGGCGGCUCCGUCUCCGGCCUCUUCCAGGAUCUCAUCCGCUACGGGAAGACGAAGAGCGGCGGCGGGCAGCGCCCGGCCUGGCUGCGACUCCUCCAGGUGCCCAAGAGGUGGUUUACGCACUUUUAUGUGGUUUCUGUGCUCUGGAAUGGCUUUCUGCUGAUCUGGCUUUUCCAAGCCGAGUUCCUCGGAGUGUCACUUCCAUCGUGGAUCCAGCACAUGCACCAUGCUCUUGGCAGAGAUUCUCAGAGCAAGGACACGGAUUGUGAGCACUUCUCUGUGCUCCUGGUUCUCCUGCUGCUUUGGCUGCAUAGCUGUCGAAGACUUGCAGAAUGCCUCUGGACCAGCGUAUUUUCCAACUGCGUCAUUCAUAUCGUGCAGUAUUGCUUUGGACUUGCUUACUACGUGGCCGUUGGCUCAACUGUGCUAUGUCAAGUGCCUACUAACGUCAGGAAUGGAAAAGAGCUUUCUAUGCAGAUCUGCUGGUAUCACUUUGUAGGAGUUAUGAUGUACAUUUGGGCCUCUCUCCACCAACACAGAUGCCUUGUGAUUCUAGCUAAUCUUAGAAAAAGUAAAUCAGGAAAGGUCAUAAGUCUGAGCCACAGUGUACCUUCCGGAGACUGGUUUGAGAGAGUUUCUUGCCCUCAUUAUUUUGCAGAGCUCCUGAUAUAUGUAUCUAUGGCCGUCACGUUUGGAUUGCACAACGCGACGUGGUGGUGUGUAGUGAUGUACGUUCUUUUUAACCAGGCACUGGCUGCUGUUUUGUGUCACGAGUUCUACCAGAAAAACUUCAGCUCCUACCCAAAGCAUCGAAAAGCAUUUAUACCGUUUGUUUUUUAGAAUAUUUAUUCUAAAGUGUCUUUAGUGCAAACUGGAAAAUGUUUUCUAUAAGGGAAUAAGAGAUUUACAGUUUAUUAAAGCCAAGGUAAAAUUGCACAUUUUCUCUAAUUCUAGCUUAAAAGCUCAUAAUUUUAAUGAUAUUCUCAUCCGUGUUACCAAUUUAUGUGGGGAAAUGUAAGGUCUCUGUGUAUCAUACAAGCUAAAAAAUGGUUUGCUGAAGACCUUAAUUCAAACCGAAGAGAUGCUAAUCAGCUCUUUUCUGUUUUAGAAUUCUAUCUUAUGCGUAAAGCACUUGCUGUUGUGCAGCAAGCCAAAAUACAUACACAUGGAAACUGUGUAGAGAAAGGAGGGUGCAGGGAAUCAUUUGAAAUACUGUAUUUCAUGCCUUGUCUAGGAUUUAAGCGUAUUUUUUUUUCAUAGUCUCUUUUCUUUGAAUCACUUCAGAGGGAGGCAAAUUGAGUAUUGUCUUUCUGUGCUUCCCUGUUGAUAAUUAAAACCAACCGCUGCUUUAUGACUGCAAGCGCAGAAGCGGGCAGAGAAAGCUGCGGUGGAGGAAUGACUCAUGCUCAGCAGCGGAGAUAAACAGACACAUUCUCUGCGUGCUCUUCUCUGCAACGAAGUCAGUAUUCAUUGAUGAAAACUCCUUGUUUAUACCUAAGCUGGGAAAAUCAUGGAAGGUUCUCUGUCUAGAGAGACAGUAGAAGAGAGUUUGCAGGAAAUUAAUGUUCUUGGUUACGGUUCUGUCAUCCUUACUGCAGGAUAUUGGAAUCUCUCGUGUGUUAGAGGGGGCAGUUAUGCAGGAUGACCGCAACCACGGCUACACUCGUUCAUAAACAGCCUGUGGGAGCGGGUGUAAUGAACUGCCGAGGCAGAGAACACAUGAAAACCUGUACCUGACAAGUGUUGCAAAGGAAUUCCUUACUGGGGAGAUGAUGUCACUCAGUACAGGGUGUUUUUUGUCAUAGAAUCACAGAAUGUUCAGGGUUGAAAGGGACCUUGAAGAUCAUCUAGUUCCAACCCCCUGCCCUGGGCAGGGACACCUCCCACUAGACCUGGCUGCUCAGAGCCCCAUCCAGCCUGGCCUUGAACACUUCCAGGGAUGGGGCAGCCACAGCUUCUCUGGGCAACCUGUUCCAGUGCCUCACCACCCUCACAGUAAAGAAUUUCUUCCUGAUAUCUAAUCUACAUCUCCCCUCUUUCAUUUUAAAACCAUUACCCCUCAUCCUAUCAUUCCACUCCCUGAUAAAGAGUCCCUCUCCAUCUCUCCUGUAGCCCCUUUAGGUACUGGAAGGCUGCUGUAAGCUCUCCCCGGGGCUUUCUCUUCUCCAGGCUGAACGACCCUUUUUGCACUGAACCAUUGAAUAUUUUGGUCAUUUUUAUGAUACUGGAGUGAAUGAUGAGUUUGCGUGAUGUAGCAUAUGGAUGCUGCUGUUUCAGCGUGUUUUCUAUUUAAAUGCAUAUAUUCUUUUAUAUAUAAGAAGAAUUUUUAUACACUGACAUAUAUCUUAUGAAUUCU